UUUUUAUGACAAUAGGUGUAACUCAACGACAAGUGUUUGUACAGUAUAUGUAUUGAAAGCGAUUGUAGUUAUAGUUGACUGCAGUCUGUAUUGUAUUGAUUGUAAAAUAUUUUACAAAACACAUCACCAUUUGGUUUGUUUGUUGAAGACAUUGAUCUCCGACAUCGACAGCAAUAAUGGCCAGCCGUUCAUCGAUGAGCGACAUCGCCGGUGUCCACAAUUGUUAUCUGUGGUCAAUGUCUUGUAUUUAUUUGUUUGCUUUUUCAUCGAUUUACAUACAAAUUCCCGGUCUCUACGGUGACAACGGUGUACUACCGGUGCGUGCCUUUGCCCAGUUAGAUAAGCGCGGUAUGUCGGGAUUGGCCGAAGCCAGCAAACAGAUGCCAUCACUCGUAUGGUUGGGACCAUCACUGGGACUGUCUUUAAACACUACCGUAGAGUUAGUGGCACUAUUGGGAACCGUUAUCUCAUUUCUACAGUUGAUAUACAAACCGUUGCGCAACUUCUGGACCUAUUGUCUGGUGGUUGGACUSUACUUUUCAUUAUAUCAGAUCGGCCAAACAUUUAUGUGGUUUCAAUGGGAUUCACUACUUAUCGAAACUGGAAUACUGACAGCAUUGACGGCACCAUUGAAACUGCCAUUUCUAUCGGCAAAAGGACCGCAAACUGCACUCACCUUUUGGUUGGUUCGGUGGCUACUGUUUCGUCUGAUGUUUGCCUCGGGUAUUGUCAAAUUGACCAGUGAAUGCCCGACGUGGUGGUCAUUGACAGCACUGGACAUACACUUUGARUCUCAGUGCAUACCGACACCUUUGGCCUGGUUUGCUCAUCACUUACCGACACCAUUACUUCGGCUAUCAGUAGUGAUGACUUAUAUYAUCGAAAUUAUUGUUCCCUUCAUGUUCUUCAUACCAAUCAAUAGUCUAAGAGUUUUCUCAUUUCUAAUGCAAGUGAUCUUUCAAUUGGCUAUUAUUUUGACCGGAAAUUACAAUUUUUUUAAUUUGUUAACUAUUGUUCUUUGUUUGUCAAUACUGAAUGACUCUCACGCWUCGAGACUGAUCUCAACUAUCGCUACCACCACUACUACUACUACUACRACUAGUUAUCCGAGACCACGUUUUCUGAUGCCGACACUAUUGACCAAACUGGUCACUUAUUUCAUAUAUUUUUCGCUUAUCUAUUGGACGAUUCAAUUGUUUAACAUUCAGUUUAUUGCCGGUUCACUAACAAUGAGCAUUGGCUUCACGAAAGACCAAUUGAAUCAAUUUAUUAUUUUUGCACUACCAGUGUCUAUAGGGUUGGCCACCAUUUCGUUAGCAGCGAACAUAUUUAAAGCAAUAUCAAGGUGCCUUAUCUAUCCAUCAAACAGUUUGGCUCGCAUUGCAAACUUAUUGUACACAACAAUAUAUACAGGUGCUGUCAUUUAUUUUUUCUGUAUAUCACUGGUACCACAUGUGAGCGUAGAUACGACACGCUCAACACGAUUGUGGCCAGUUAUCAACCGAUGGCACCGAACAGUGGAACGCUAUCCAGUUGUCAAUAGUUAUGGACUAUUUCGGCGAAUGACUGGUGUCGGUGGUCGGCCAGAGAUUGUCAUCGAAGGCAGUAAUGACAUGUCGUCGCCCAGCGGAUGGAAAGCCUAUCAUUUUCUAUACAAACCGGGAGAUAUUACAAAAGCACCACAAUUUAAUAUACCCCAUCAGCCCCGUCUCGAUUGGCAGAUGUGGUUCGCCGCUCUCGAUACCUAUCAGAACAAUCCAUGGCUAUUGAAUCUCUGUUACCGUUUACUCACAGCACAGCCCGAAGUACUUGAUCUACUGGACAAAAGUCGACUACCUUUUAAAACUGCACCAAAAUUUAUAAGAGUUCGCUCAUAUAUAUUUAGAUUUACAGGUAAAGGUGCUAAAAACUGGUGGCGCCGUGAAAACGAAAAAGAAUAUAUGGCUCCUGUUAGUCGUGAAUCACUGGAACCGUUUGCCAAAGCGCACGGCAUUUUACCCGAAAGCGGUACAGGAGUUAAACUUAUUGAUAAAUACCCGUUCAUUGCCAGAUGGUUGGUAUCUGUGCGACAAUUGACGGCACAAAUGUCGCCAAAAAAUUUUAUYUAUUCAUUACUAUUUGCUGCACUAUUGAUCGCAAAAUUUUGAAUCAAUUACUGUAUUUACGGUAAUUUUUUUAUAUAUCUUAUUGAAUAGCAAACAUUAUGACAAUUAUUUAUAUACUACUAUUUAUUUAAGU